CAAGUCCAGUGUCAAUUCCCAAGCUCAGAAAACGAGAGCGGACCCACCAAAUCCCCCCUCUCUAUGAAUCAUCCCAUUUUCUGCAUGCAUUCUGCACCUUCCAACAAUCACCUCUCUCCUCCUUCUUACCAACACGUUACACUCUCUCUCCUUCAAAAACCAAAACGCAAUUUCCACUGAACCACCACCACCGAUGACGACGAAGCACAGUAUCCCGUGGUCAACGAUCGGCGUGGUGAUUGCGUGGUACACUUCCAACAUCGGCGUCCUCCUUCUCAACAAGUACUUGCUCUCCAACUACGGCUUCAGCUUCCCCGUCUUCCUCACCACGUGUCACAUGAUGCUCUGCUCCGUUUUCAGCUACGUCAUCUCCGUCACCGGCGUCGUUCCUCUCCAGACCCUGCGCUCCAGGAACCAGUUCGCCAAGGUCGUCGCGCUCAGCGUCGUUUUCUGCUUCUCCGUCGUCUGCGGGAACGUCUCGCUUAGGUACAUUCCUGUCUCCUUUAACCAGGCCAUCGGCGCCACCACCCCCUUCUUCACCGCCCUUUUCGCUUACGCCGUCACCGCCAAGAGGGAGGCCUGGCUCACUUACGCCACGCUUUUGCCUGUUGUUACGGGUGUCAUAAUUGCCAGUGGGGGUGAGCCAAGUUUUCAUCUGUUUGGAUUUGUAAUCUGUGUUUCAUCGACUGCUGCCAGAGCAUUUAAAUCAGUGCUUCAAGAUAUUUUGUUGUCUUCAGAGGGGGAAAAGUUGAAUUCUAUGAACCUGCUGCUUUAUAUGGCACCUAUAGCUAUGAUGGUCUUACUUCCUGCAACAUUGUUGAUGGAGGGAAACGUGAUUCGAAUCACAACAGAUCUUGCAAGAAAGGAUAUCAGAAUUUUUUGGUAUCUGCUUCUCAGUUCUUCUCUUGCAUAUUUUGUGAACCUGACUAAUUUUUUGGUGACCAAACAUACAAGUGCACUUACCCUUCAGGUUUUAGGAAAUGCAAAGGGGGCAGUGGCUGUGGUGGUCUCAAUUUUGAUAUUCAAAAACCCCAUUUCAAUGAUAGGAAUGCUUGGCUAUGCACUCACUGUUGUUGGAGUUAUAUUGUACAGUGAAACCAAAAAGAGGUAUAGCAGAAAUUAGAAAAAUUAUUAACUAGAAUACCAAUCAAGGUAGAGUGUGAUUUACCACGAGCGAGAGGACCAACAAGCUAUUCAUAUAAAAUUAUGAGCUUGCAGCAACCACUUUGUUACACGUGAAUAGUGAACACGAAUAUUUUUUCCCCACCUAUUUCAUUCAUUGCAAUUUGCAAGCGUUGUGGAGGUAGUCACACUUUCAUUCUCAUUCACUUAUUCAGUCAUUUUUAAUUUGCUUUGCUGUUCCUUCAAUCACUGCAACUUCUUUUUCAU